UACAAAUCUCAGGCGCUCUUGAGGCACGCACACACGCACACGCAAAGCACACCGGUGAUCGAUGAUCAGCCAGAUGAACUCUGAAAAUGUUGUUGGUUUCUUCAGAGGCAGGAGCAUCCUGAUCACUGGCUCAACCGGGUUCCUCGGCAAAGUGCUUGUGGAGAAGAUUCUGAGGGUUCAGCCUCAUGUCAAGAAGCUGUACCUCCUGGUGCGAGCAAACGGCGUUGAAUCCGCCACACGCCGGGUUCAAAAUGAGGUGACAGGGAAGGAGAUCUUUCAGGUUCUAAAAGAAAAAUAUGCUGGUGGGUUCGAAGAUUUUAUCCAGGAAAAGGUUUGUCCUUUGGCAGGAGACAUAAUCUAUGAGGACUUGGGUCUAGAGUCUGCCAAAUUGACAGAAUUGUCCAAGGAAGUCGACAUCAUCGUCAACGGUGCAGCAACUACUAAUUUUUAUGAAAGAUAUGAUGUGGCUUUUGACUCGAAUGUCAUGGGAGCGAAGAACAUAUGUGAAUUCGCAAAGAAGUGUACAAAACUGAAGAUGCUCCUCCAUGUUUCAACUGCCUAUGUAUCCGGAGAACAGGAGGGACUGAUACUAGAGAAACCAUUCUUGAUGGGUCAAGCGCUGAGCGAAGGCACACAGUUGGAUAUCACAUCCGAGCUAAAUCUGAUCAAGGAGACCAGGAGAGAUUUGAAAGCUAACUGUUGUCCAGAGAAAACUGAGAAGAGAACCAUGAAGGAGCUUGGGCUCAAGAGGGCUAGGCAUUUUGGGUGGCCAAACACGUACGUUUUCACCAAAGCAAUGGGGGAGAUGCUGCUCGGCCACCUCCGCGGUCACCUCCCGGUGGUGAUCAUCCGCCCAAGCAUCAUAACCAGUAUCCUCAAGGAGCCAUUGCCGGGAUGGACGGAAGGAAUCAGGACGAUCGACUCGGUGAUCAUCGGUUACGCCAAGCAGGCGUUGCCCUUCUUUCUCGUCAAUCUCGAUCUAAUAAUGGACGUGAUACCGGGGGACAUGGUGGUGAACGCCAUGAUGGUGGCAACGGCGGCGCACUCGGAGCAGCCGACGCAGACCGUCUACCACAUGACGUCGUCGCUGCGGAACCCGGCGCCGUACGCGGUCCUUGCGGACACCGGCCACCGCUACUUCUUCGCCAACCCGCCGCGCAUGGGGAAGAAGGGCGAGCGCGCCCGGCUGCGCAGGAUGCGGUUCUUCGGCACGGUGGCUAGGUUCCGCACCCACAUGGCCAUCAACUACAAGCUACCCCUCGAGAUACUUCGCUGGGUGAACAUUGCGCUGUGCGGCAUGUUGUCACGACGCUACGAGGAGAUGAGCAGGAAGUACAGGUUCAUCAUGCAUCUGGUGGAGCUCUACGCGCCCUACACCUUGUUCAAAGGCUGCUUCGACGACAUCAACACGGAGAAACUGAGGAUUGCGAUGAAGAUGCAGGAGGAGAAACAUGAUGGCAGACACUAUUUCGAUUUUGACCCCAAGUCGAUUGAUUGGGAGGAGUAUUUCUACAGGGUGCACAUCCCCGGUGUAGUCAAGUACCUGUGUGACUAAGUACGUAGCUGUUGAUUUUUUUAUUAUUAUAAAAAGUAAGAAUACUCGGUAGGUAUAUAUUGGUUGCUGUCUUUAUUCAGUAUGAUUGAUGUUUGGUAAGUGAUUGGCGAUUCAUUAUUGGGCAGAAGUGCAAAACAAUAGCUUUUGUUAGUCCAGUGGCUCAUUGGUGUUCUAUUGUGGCAAUGGAUAACUUGAUUGUGUUAUGCUACUAGGCCCAAAAUAUGAUGAAUUCGACAAUCAAAAUUGAGAUGGUGAUAUUGAAUUGGAACAGGAAUAGAUCAUUCCUUUUCGGUUUCAUUCUUUACUGCCAACAUGACCCAGGGACCAGGUCAGUCUGGUUGAGUUGAUGCCCAACGAGAGAGGCAAACGGCAGCUAUGGCAGACGAGGAACAGAGUUCACUCCACUGGCCUGCUCUGUUCUGCUCGUUAUUGCUAGAAGGAAAAUUUUCUUUUUUACCUUAUUUAUCUACAGGACAACUCUAAUUCACGUCUCUCAAG